AUAUUGCGCUCUAUUCGAACCUUCUCUCAGUCGUGGUAUUUAACGUCUCUCUACUACUGCGAGAACUUUGUCAUUCACACAUUUUGUUAUGCAAUUUCCACUAAUGAGGACUAUCUGAAACUUACUAAGAAGUUAUUUUUCUAAUUAUAGUCAUGAAAAUUGACAGAAAAAAGAUAAUCAAUAGGUGUGGUUAUGAUCAGAAUGAAUGCAUGCUGCUCGCGAAACACCUAUCAGCAUGUCCAGACAAUAAGCUGAUAUCAGAAUUGAAGCGAAUAAACGUUUGGAACUAUGGAAAAUGUGAACUUGGUCUCUGGGCUGAUGUGUUGGACCGACUAGAUGCGAUUUUAGAGAAUGCGGUUACGAAAACAGGAAAGUGGAUGCUUCGUCUUGAUGCUCCAGGAAACUCUACUCUUGUUGAUGAUGUGGUUACCAUUUUGGAGUUCACAGGGCACUUGAUCGAGCACAGUAUAUAUCGCUACUUGUAUGGUUCGUGGUCGCAUAUUCUUGCAUUGUUUGGUUCUUCCAAUCUCGACGUUCUUCUUGCUGUUCUCGGAUUGUCCUACAACUUCAGCAAACGGAGCAAUUACUUCAUCAGACUAGAUCCCAAAAACAAACAAAUGAUUCUUGACCGCCUAGUCUCUAUUGCUGAGACUUGGGGCGGUGCUGAAAAUGGAUUUGGGCUUGCAGCCUGUUGUGAUCCAAAGCAUUUCCCAGAAACUGCCGGAAAUGUCUAUUUUGAGUACAGACCAGAGCCCCCUGCUGGCAGUUCGUCGGCUCAGAAUUCUGUAGGCUCAAACGAGAAGACAUCACCUUCAAGCACUGGCGGAACUAUUAUUCUUCAGGCCCUUCAUCGUAGGAAUCAGUCACCAUCUGAGAUAAUGGAGGAGUUACUGACGCAACACCAAGUGCCUGUAUCUCAACAGAUGGCUCUGUUCUCUCGAGUUCGGCUAGCAACCUACUUUGCUGAGCCAGCGCAACGACAUAAGUGUAUACGUGCCAGACUUCAAGCAUUAUCUAUCUUGUCAUACACUUUUGAAGUCGAUGAACGACAUUUAUAUCCCAGCCUGCUGGACGAACUUGUAGAAGUACUUGGUUUGCCAGAUGAUCAAUAUAUGGGGAUCAAAGCAUGUGCUCUCCGAACAAUGACUGCUAUAGUUAAUUCUCAUCGAUUGGGUAUAAAUUGGGGUUCACUGGUCGGGUCUACUGGACUAUCCAGUUAUCAUGGUGUUUUGCCUAAUCUGACCAGAAAGUGGAUCCAAGGCCUUGUAGAUGGUUCGAUUAAAGCUCCAGCCGGAAGCACAAAUCAGCAUUUCACAACUGCUUUACUGUCUUUCUUAUACCAUCUAGCUUGUUAUGAAGAAAACGUUGGUCCAGGUAUUACACAGAGCACAACGCUUAGUUCUAGCGGUAUUCUGGACACUAUGAUGCAGCUUAUUUCCUGGCACACACCACACAAUGAUUACUUGAGUUAUGUCACAAGGGCAGUUCGUGUGACUGAUCAAAUCCUUAUGAGUAUUUCAUCAAGUCGUCAACAUGUCGUCAGUAUUUUGGUUGAUCGGUUAGACUACGAGGUUGAAGUGGUUCUUCAGGGUGAUCAGAAGUUAAACGUUCCUGAUGUUGAACAAACCUUGAAUACACAGCGCUCUGGACUCAUGAAAUCGAUUCUCAAUCUUCUCAAACGUCUUUGUUUGGAUGCAGAAUGGGGGGAGGUAUUGCACUCAGUUAUGGAUGAGAACUUACCGUCGGUUCUGCGUCGAAUUUUCCUCAAUAGUUCCAGUCAUUUCACUCCACAUCUGUCACUUUUUGCUAUGGAAACAAUUACCAACUAUCUGUACACAUACCCAUCUCGCAUUUCAGCCAUGCAGGAUAAAAAUAUUACAACAGAUAUUUUGAAGGCUUUAACUGAACAACCAUUACCUCAAAACCGUGACUUUCUUGUACAACUACCAGCUUUGCUGAAUACUUUGGCUCUAAAUUCUCGAGGUAUUGAAGCUAUUCUGUCAAGUGGUGUAAUUGGGCGGUAUCUGAACACUUUGGUUUCACCAGAAUAUCUUUCAACCAUGAAAACGAAACGUGUUCGUGAUUUUAUGUCACAAAUUCCGUAUGAUAUGCACUGCAACUCAGGUCAAAAUUUAUCUAACAGUCUCACAGCCAGUCAGAUGAGUAAUGCUGUCCACGAACUACUUCGGUCGCAUGCGGAGCUCAAACCUGUUGUUUCUAAAUAUGCCAUCUCUUGUUUACGUCAUGUUGUGGCUCUUGGGAAGACACCAGCGACGCUAGUAUCAGAAAACGCGUCAUUUAACUCUAGUUAUUCCGAAAUGUCAGCUUCUACUCGAAAUGCUGACGGUUCCAGCAUACUUACGUCGGUAGAUAUCAGCGAAACAGCUCGUGGUAUGCAAAGAUCGUCAGCGAGUACCAGCCAGUCAAUUGCAGAAGCACCAUUGAGUAUGAGUAAUAUCCAGCAUUCUGUUAAUGUCACUGAAGAGGAUGUGGUAAUGUUAUCUGGUGGUGAGGAUGAAGAGGAUGACUAUAACAGUGAUAUUGACGGUAACCAAGAUAGACAAACAAAUACACGUUCUGCAAAUGUCCAAGUUGAAACUAUUGUUUCUAGAGACGCAAUACCUAUAACUAGCAUGGAACCAUCUGCUGAAUGCAGAAGAUUGUCAGUCACAGAAGAUACUUCUAGCGCUGUUUCUUCAGAGGCUCCUUCAGUUCCUCCUAAUUUAUUUCUGUUGGACUUCAUGUUGAAUAUGUGUAAAUUUCUGGAGAAACCGUUAGUGUUUGUAUCACAUAGUACACAGACAAUGUGCCCACAGUUUGUCAGUCAAGGAGGUUUACAAGUUCUAUGUGAUUUAAUUCGUAUGCCUGGUUUGCCGUAUGAUUUUCCUGUUUCUGCAACUUGUGCUUCAUUGUGCAAAAUUUUCGAAGAUUUAGCGAAUUCUGUUGACCUAACUGAUGUAACUAAACCUUUAUUCCAGUGUUUGGAGAUCUCAUUGGAUAAGCUUUCUGCACUGCAUAAUUCUAAUUAUCCAAUGGGUUCUAUACUUCUACGUGAAUAUUUAUCUGGCGAACAUGAAGUGCUGCACGAAUUGGUAAUAUUGGCUUCGGUUAUCUGCAUUUUGGUACAGAUGAUUCAGCAUAUUAAAACUGUAUUUCAUGUAUCAUUAGCUAGUAUUUGGUUAGCUCAGAACUACUUGAAGAUAUUAGGCCGGCUAUAUUUAGGAGUUUCUUGGGAGGCGGGGAUUAUUUUAAAAGUUCUAUUUGGCGACAAAGAUAUAGUUGAGUCUGAUAUGUUAGAUGGAUUAAAAAUAUCUCAAAAUUUCCAACCACAGCAAUCUUCAGAUCCUGGUACACAAAGCAAAGUCCCAACUGAACCAAUACCUCGGUUCGUCGAAGCUUUGCACAUGUAUUCUCUUAUCAAACAGUCAAUUUCAUCUGCUUCUGAUGGUCAAACUACCUUUAUACAUAAACAUCCAGAACUUGUAAAACCACUCAACCGGAUAUUACACGUCACGGCGUUUCUUAUCAAUUCUGUCACGGAAUUAUUUACUGCCCUUGGUAGAUUCUUCUCAAAUCGUGCACAAGUGAAUUACAGACGUCGUCGAGCUUCACUAUUUUCAAGUGAUGCUAUUCCACAAGAAAUGAAAGCUCCUGCUUUAGCUCAAGUUGCAGAUAUUCUUUCAGCUACAUACGCAUGGGAACCAGCUUCGAGUAGUCGUAGUCAUCGAGCAGCUGCAUCCUUAAAUUAUGCUAUUCGUUAUGCUUCUAUUCGACUGACUAAUCUGCUACUUCAUGAUUCUAUCCAAAGGGAUUCCGAUUUAGGAAUGGUUAGUGCCUUUUACAAGCUUAAUGGAAUAAAUCUUUACUUCGGGUUAUUUCGUCAGUUGAUCAGUUUUGAUUUAAAUGAUCCGUGUAUUCGAAAACCAUUAUCUAUUGUCUUAGAAGAAUGGCUUGUAUGUGCUGACCGUAUGAGUAAUGCCAACUUUUGCGCUGCAAUCAGUCCGGACACUUCACGAACAAAUGAUGGUGAUGUGAAUACUGUUAGUGUGGCUAAGAUUACUGAACGCGUUCAUCAGUGCAUGCUUCCUGCCCUUUCACAAUUAUGCUCUCGCACGGAUUUGCAGGAUUUACUCAGUCGCCGGGCUAUUGAACAUUUGCUUAGUAUGCUGGUUACAGUUGUGCCGCGUAUCUUUAAAAGUAAACAACUCACAACAGAUUCUGAAUCAUCAAAUUCUCUUCCUCCAUCUGGUAGUUGGGAUAAGAGUUCUGAUAAUAAUGAAAGUCAAAAUAAUCAACUGCUUGCUGAAAAUAUUCAAGAAGAAGCUUCUUGUACACAGCCUUCCAUUGAGUUUGAUCCACAACUGGAAGUUCGAGAUAUCAAUCAAAGUGAUGCUGAUCGAUUAUCGGAAUUACAUGUAGAAUCUGGUGAACAGAAUGAAUCAUUUUUACACAAUACCAAUACACCUUUACAGCAAUGUCUACCAACUAACACUGAUACUGCUGCAGUUAGUCAGGAUCCAUUGGUUACGUCUCAGGUUAUCGAUCAAAGAUCGUGUCAAUCACAACCAACAAGUCGUAUAACUGUUGAUGCGGAUUCAGACUAUUCAGUCAAUGCUCCUGAAGUUAUGGAAUCUCAAGAUUCAAAUUCCGCUGCUGAUGAUGAUGGUAUACGUGACCCUGAAGCUGUACAGCUGAUGGAAGAAAUGGGUUUUGCUCGGGAUUUAGCUAUAGUUGCUUUAGAGCAAACAGGAUGGAAUGCCAAUGAAGCUGUGAACCUUGUAAUAGCAACUUCUCCAGGUGAUUUAAUGAGAAAUGCGAAUCUAUCUUUAAUUCCUGGCUUAAGAAGAGGAAGAACAUCCCGUAGAGCUCAACAUCGUCACACAACCGGCACAGAAGAAACUAGUGUGGUAAAUGAACCAACUUUGUCAGCUGAUGCAGAUAUUCCAAGGAUUCAGUCUGAUGCCUAUGAACACAUCACAGAAUUUAUUAACAAUUUUAAUACCGAUGAACGACUGGGAUCACUGAUCACCGUAGAAUGUCCUACCAUAACGGGUAGUGAAAUCACUUUGCCAUCAUGCAGUAAUGACCCUCAGAAUGUAAAACGGUCUGUGCCACCUAAAUUUCCAGUGGUAAUGUUAGAGCCAUUCAACGAAAAGUCAUAUAAUGAAGCCCGUGAAUCUCUCAAACAAAAUGUCUUCAAAACAUGCUAUGCUAUUGCUAAACGUCAUCAUUCAGAUCAGAUUUUGCAUCAAAUUGCAGAAUUAUUCCUAUCCAGUGGUGAACAUGAACGGUACAUCAAUGAAUUAUUUGCUGUAGUAACAUCCAGCCUAAUGUCAAACCUCGAUAUUUCACCUACACUUGUCAGCAGUAAAACUUCCAUUGAGUUUCUCAGUGAAAAUCAAGAGCUUACAAAUCAUAAGAAAGAGUAUCAAACUGUUGGAUUACAUUUACUUGCUCUCUUAUUCACAAGAUGUCCAUCAGUCUGUGCUUGUCUAGCUUGGAAUCAUAAACUGCCAAGUGUUCUGGUUCAGUUUAUUUCACAAUCUGACAUUGUUGGUAAAUCGGUAGUAUUGGAUAGUAGUAGUGGCACCAGUAGUCUGUAUGAACACAUGGAUGUGGAUGAAGGUGAACAAAGUUCAUCUCAUUAUUUAACUUCUAUUUCGCAACAAGAUUAUUAUAAAACAUUGACUUUGGUAUUUCUAGUUCUGGAUCAGUAUGAAAGAAGUAUUCAGGCUAUGCGUUUACGCCAGGAAACCACUAAACUUUACGCUUCAUGUAAUAAUUGGCAUUGGUUCGAUAAUCAAGCCAUGCUUUGGCAUCCAUAUGCUGAGGAAAAUAUGCAAGCUAUCGACAAAUGUUUCCACAAAGGUGAUUUAUGCGCAUCUUGUGAUAUUAAUCGACGACCAUACACUGUUGAAUUUCCAACAAUGACACAAGUAAAUCUGAUCAGUAUGCACAGGCGUCCAGUACUUCUUUUUCCAACAAUCUUUACUGAUUCAGAAUCACCAAAUUCAUCCACACAAAUGUCAGCCUAUGAAUUGAAUCUGAUAAACACAGAAAUACCUGAAUGUUUAAAUCCAAUCGAACGUUCAAAGUUAUGUCAUGCAUUGUUGAACCACUUUCGUGCAUUCAAAAAGGCAUCAUCUUUAGGAUCAGAUAAUUUGACAAUAGAAAAGCUUCCCUUAGGUCAAUCACCGCUUCCAUCAGAUUGUUUAAAUGCUAUGUUCAGAUUGCUUCUACGUUUAUGCUUUACAAGUCAUGAGAAUGCAGAUGAAAUAGCUGAAGCUGACUUCUUGACCACACUGUUUUCCUAUCCACAUGCUCAAGAGUUUUCGGCUGAAUUUUCAGCUUUUGUCGGUGCUCUUAUAUCUGAAGUUUUUGAUGAUACUAAUACAACUGAGCGAAUAAUGAAAGAAAUUUUAAUUAAAAUGUCAAAAUAUGGUGUACCCAAUGUGUUCAUGGGGAUUGAUGCUGGUCCAAGAGCAUGCCGAGAUUUGUUUUACCUGUUGAGUUUGUGUGCCCCAUUAUUUGCAAAGGAUCAACAGCGUGCUCUUAAACUUGCAACGGAAACUUUCAAUUUAUCCCUGCCUGAAACUAAUGUGGAAAAUAAGAUUUUUCCAAAAUCUUAUAUUGUUGAAGAGACUACUAGUCCUGCUUCUGAUCGACCUUCAAUUAUAUCAUUUCCACUUAGUAGUCGACAAAAGCAUCUACUUACUCAAUUGAUGGAUUUAAUUAUGUGUUCGAAUUGGAAAUCGAAAUCGAACUAUCAUUUCAAUGCUACAAUUGGUGUCCCAUAUCUUGAAGAUAUAGAUGCACGUGGAGAUGAUGCUUUCACUUCACUGGCUACAGGUGGUCCAACAUCAGUAACCACUAUAUCUCCAGCUUCGAGUACAACGGCUGUCACUUGGGUUAGCAAUACUACAACUGGGCAGUCUGCAAGUACAUGUGGUCGUCAAGACCAAGGAUUAACAGAAAAUGCUACAACUAAUCCAUCAACUCAAAUCGAUUCCGCUAAGCAACAGACUGGCUAUGUAGUUCUUGGCAAGUUAGAUGCUAUGCGGUACUUGAUUGAUUUAGUCGGCUCUUACAAAUCUGUUGCUGAAUUUGUUGCAAUGUAUAAACACAAACAUUCCACGGAACAUGCUCCUAUGGGAAAAUUAAGCACUGAUAUAUCAAAGUAUUCUUUUCUGUCAUAUCUAUUUAGUCAUCAGUUAAAUGAUUCUGGAACAACAGAAGUUACAAUGUCAUUGUUGGAAAAUUUAAUUCUAAUCAGCUGUGAAUCCAUUCAAAGUGUUAUAAUUGGUGAAUUCAAGGCAUCACUUGGUCGGAUUGCAGCUAAAUAUCCACCACUUUCUUCAUCUGAAGACAUCAGACCAGAAGUUGUGCCAUCCACGAAAAACAAUCGAAUUGCUUCUCAUAUGAUGUUUUUAAUGCGAAUACUGUCAUUACCGUCUCAACUGAUCAAUCGCGUUUUACGAUUAUUGUACAAGCGAAGAGUUCCAGCAGAUAUUGCGAAACUGAUAGCUAUAGUUGACUGCAACCUGCCUAACACACAAUGUACAAUCAGUAUCAUGUUACGUGCUUUAGAAAGUCUGACUUUAGUCGAUCGUCAAUACGCCAAAUUUAAUUCUCAACCUAAACGAACCGUGAAUAACACUAUUGGACGACAAUUGAACACUGCAUCAGCGACUAAUGCCGAGUCUGGUGACGUAGAAAUGAGAUCUGUCAGUGUUACGCAAGCGAACUCAGUUAACAUUGAUUCUAUGUCUCAAAGUGCUAUGCACCAUGGGUUAACAUCAUCCGAUCAAAGAAUAGAUACUUCCAUCGGUGGGAAUUCAGUUCACAUGUCAACCGUGAUUCCUAUAACGGAAACGGAUCAAGCUGCAAAUAGAGAUUUUGAGACUGAUUCUGACGAUGACGACGAUGAUGAGGACGAUAAUGAUGUUACUAUGUUGGAUCAACAAGAGUUUUCACACCCAGUACGAAGUGUAAAUUCAGCAUUUAAUAGAUCCAACUUGAUUUUAUCUAGCACGUCACAAGGUAGCACUUCCACCAGUCUUAAUCGUGUUCUUAGUGACGUUUUGGCUGCACAGGCGGAUAUGGUUAUCGGCUCUGAUAAUCAAAAUGAUAACCUGCGUCAACCUUGGCACAGCGUAGCCAACUCAGAUCAAGAGGCUAGAUCAGUCAUAUUUGUCUAUGAUGAUGAAGACGAAGGAAGUUCCGGUCAGGGCGCUGAAGGUAAUAAUAGCCAAGAGGAGGAUGAUGAUGAUGAAGUUCUGGGAGAAGACGAAGAUGAAGACGAUGAAAAUGAUGAUGAUGACGAUGACGACGAACAGGAUGAUGACGACGCUGAGAAUGAUCCUGAUGUUGAAGGUGAUGACGGUGAUGUUGAUAUUAGUGGUGAAGAUGAAGAGGUUGCGUUUGUACUCAGCAGAAGUCGCAGGCAUGAUAACCGAAUUCGACCUUCUGGUCUAUCUAGUCCACGUCGUCGUCGACUGGAUGCUUCUAUCUCUCUUACCGUUUCUACAAGUCGGGCUAACAAUGACCGUGAUCAGAAUCCUGAACCUCAUGAUGAUGAUGAUGGUAACGUGCAUGAUGAAACUGCUGAUAUCGUACUUCAUGAUGACACUCGUGUUGAGGAUGAUGGUAGCUUCGACGAUGAGGAUAUCGAUACCUAUGGAAGGGAUGAUGACGAUACUACUAGAGAUGACGUGACGAUCAUCUUACCCGAUGUGCCUGGCGUCAUCUUCCGUCCCGAGAAUCGUGGACCUCGUGGAAGCAAUUCAGUCGCCGCUGUGGUUGAAGAAACACUGCGUCGAGUUGUCGCACCCCCUUUGAAUGUUAUCUCAUCCAAUGGUCUUAGAGAUUUUGGGACGAAUAGUUUAUCAACUGUAAAUGUCAACCAGUCAAGGGGUACUUCUGGCAACUGGGAUUUACUUUUCCCAGGUUUUACAAGUUUAAUAGCUGGUGAUGGCCCUAGACACAGCGCUGUUGACACUGGCAACAGUUUACCGACGAGCACUACCAUUUUUCGUUUUGGUCCCGAGACAUCAGUAUAUGUAACUGGAAGUAGUAGUUCUAAUCGUUUUGGUUCGUCAGGCGUGAAUUUUGUUUCUUCCGUAGCAAAUAGUCUAUCUGGUCCUACUAGUGCUCAAUCUCAAGUAUUACCAGCUGCAACAUUGGCUAAUCAACAUCCAUUACUUCAGGCGCCAACUACUGUGGGGCCUAAUGUAGGCCCAACGACAAAUAUUACAGCUACUGGAAUGCCUAAUCGUAAUACAGUCUCCAGUAGUAUUAAUGGUUUACGUUUAACUCAUCGCCCCCUAAUUACGAAUACUUUAGCGACGUCAUCAGCAAAUCGUGUAUUUGCUGUUUUACCUCCGAUACCUCAACACCAUGUUCCACCGCAUUAUGGCACUCGUCAUCGAAUUGCAGGCGUGACUGGAUCUCAUCUUUCUUCAGGUGUUGGUGGUUUGCGUCAUCAUACAUCAUUCAAUCGACUUUAUAAUACAGAACCUGAACCAGAUAGUAUUGGUUCAUGUGGUUCCAGCAAUUACUCUCGAAGCCAAACUGUCAGUGAUGCCCGAGAUAACCGAUCGGGACCAGAAGCCAACGCGUUAGUAUGGACAAUGCUAACAAGUCUUGCUGAAGACCAACCGUCUCCUGUUAAUUCUGCUUUGGCUGCUGCUAUUUUUUCCCGAUUUCUUUCACAAGGACAAAGCAGAAGUCAGCAAGGAAUAAUGGAUGUCGGUUCUAGAGGGUUAAGUCAUGGACAGCUAACUCCUUAUGCAGGCUAUGCCUUACCACCACAUUAUCGACGAUGGACUAACCUUUCUCGAAUGUUGUUUGGUCAUGAAAUUAUGGAUCUUAUUCUACUUAGUCGUUAUCAUGUUUAUAAAGUACUCGAGCAGAAACGUCGUGAUACUUACAUCCUGCGCAUCGCAGGAAAUGCAGUUGUCAGUUUACCUGUAGUUACUAGCUCACCAAAUGAACCAUCAGUUACGACUCCAGCACUCGCAUCCAAUAGUAAACCUACUACUGAGUCUACUGAAACUUCUGUGACGUUCACCACUCCACUCGUUACUUGCGUGUUAACUUCAGAAAAUCCUAGUAAUAACCAAGACCCUUCAGCAGAAUCAGUUGUUACAACAGAUGAUGCAACUCUUCAGGUGCAAUUAAAUUCGGACAUUACAUGUGCUAGUGAGACUUCUGAAAUGACGACAAAUUGUGAGAUGCCUAGUGCAUCUGAUAUGGCUGCUCAGAGCGAAUCUGGACCAACUACAGGUGCAGAGAAUAUCUCCAACCUUGCAGCAUCUAGUGCACCAACGAGACCACUUGUAUUGACUGAUGAAGAAACUAUCCAAUCAUUGGUUGAAGGUGGAAUGGAUCCAUCAUUUUUAGAUGCUCUACCUGAAGAAAUGAGGCAAGAAGUAAUCGCUGAUCAUCGUUAUGCGAGACAAGUGCAACAGCAGAUUAAUUCAAUGUCUUUACCAGAGCAUAUUAAUUCAGAAUGGUUGACUGGACUUCCACCACAUAUUCAAGAAGAAGUCUUGGCACAAUUUCGACAAGAACAGCAACAACGCCAGCCUUCUGCCCAACCUGCAGCUGAAUCGGGUGAUAGUAAUCCAAGUGAACAGUCUGCUCAACCUGCAUCUGUCCCAAGUGCUACUGAUAGUAAUACAGCCUUUCUCGUUUCUUUGCCACCUUCAGUACUUCGUGAAGUGUUAGCAGAUAUGGAGGAGUCGCAGUUUGAAACUCUCCCACAAUACUUAGUCGUUGAAGCGCACAGACUACGUCGUGAACACGAAGAACGUUUUGCGCGUGCAGUUCGAAGUGGCAUUUUAUCCCAUUCGAAUGACUCAAGACCUGAUCAUAUUUGGCGUAAUUUCACUACUGCCUCUGGAUUAAUCGGUGGACAUGGACGUUGGGAUGUUCGAUUUCAUUCGAUUAAUCAAUUUCUUCGGCAUCUUAAUACUCUCGAAGGUCCAUUAAAUUUGAAUAAUUCAUUAGCUGUACGUUCAAUGUCUGGUUUCUGUAGUCGUGAACUAGUAGAUCAUGAAGGAUUGACGUGUAUUGUUGUACUUCUUGUAGCUAGUUCAACAUGCUCUCAUCAAAGAACAAAUAUAGUACCAACAAUAAAGAAAGUUCUGCGUAAUCUAUCGUGUCAUUCUAGUACAAGAAACUGGAUUGUCAAUACACUGAUAUCCUUGUUCAACGGAUUGUCUGAAAAGCCGCCUAACUUACAAUCGAGUGUUUCCGGAUCUUCAGCAUGUGUAGAUGAUUAUGUGCCUGUUGCUAGUUCAAGUUCACGUGGUCUACUUUUUCCAGGCAUUACUUCAUAUGAGAGUGAAUUAGAAUAUUCACCCAAAUCUGGAUCUAACAACACAUUGUUCCAAACUGGAUUCGAAGCUGCUUUAGGUUGUUGGGUUAGAAUUUUUCACCCAGUUUCUCAAAGCUUAAGUACUUCAUCUAACCACUUACAAAAUGAUGUACACACUGGGAGACCUACCCAUUGUAAAGACCCUAAUUCAGUUGUACCUGUCCGAUAUAUUAUACACCCACAAGGAGCGGUUCAUGUAGCAGGUGUUCUUCUUGAAACAUUGAAUGAACUAACUCGUGCGUUCCCAUCACAUUUUUAUCCAUCAGAGGUCUCUCACGCAUCAGAAGUAGUUGGAGACUCGAAAUUAUCUUCUUCUGAGACCUCCCAGACCACUGACAUUGCCUCCACAUCAUUCUGGGAUAUAUUCAGUCGACUUUCCCAGUCUUAUAUGACAGCGAUCACUAGUGGAUCUACAACACGUUGUGUAGUUCGACGAACAAGAAUUCCCUCGAGAAAAAGACCAAUUUCAACUUCUGACAAACAAACAAAUGAUCUACCAAUGGAAUCAACAUCGUCGAAAACGUUCACUAAUUUAUGUCCUACUGCUCACUUACCUGCUGAAACACCACAUUCAGCUGUAACAGCAGACAGUUUCGAAAGUGAAUCUACAAAAGAAGUAAGUGAUGCUAGACAAAAUGUUUCAAAGUCAACAACCAACUGUUUCACCGCUUUAUCUGAAUUACUUUGUCAUCAACUGUUACAUGAUCGUCCAGUGAAUCAAGAACGCCUGAUAACAAUUCUUGCUGGAAUAGUGAAAGAUUUUCUGCUUAGCCGAUCACAUUCCGGUUUAUCGGUUGCACAGGCUUCAACUCAUCCAACCAGUCUAGUCACACCUACCACUGUCUUGGAUAAUUCAUCAAAUCAACAGAAUCCUGCUGACAGUUCUGUACAAACUUCUGUUGAACCACCAUCAGCUUCAUCUGCAACAGAAAAUAUUCCCACUACAUCCGUUCCAGAAACCCAAUCUGCUACUUCCACAUCGCCGGUCUCGACUACCGCUUCACUACCGAAGAACUUAAUAAAUCCUUUGAGACCACAAGUUAUUGAAACUUUAUGUCAACUUGUUUUAGCCCCUAAAUUUACUGAAAAUGCUCGAGUUAUGACUUCUCAAUUGAUUACUGACCUGGCACAGGCGAAUCAAGUCAUGAAAGAAUCAAUUCUUCGCUUACUGUGUAUUACAGCGGGACAGUUGAUUUCAAAAAUAUCUAUUCAGUUGCAGAGUCUUAUCAUCGAAGUUGAUAAACGCUUGAAAGAUAAAGUUCUUGAAUCACCACCUCCAAAGAAAUGUCAAAUUAAGCCAUCUUCUUCUCGUUAUCCACCAGAAAUAAGUCGUAUCUCUUCCUAUGAUAUACUGCCAGAUCGCUUUGGUACUCCUGGACAAAUGGUAGUUGUGUCAGGUGAUUCACAUUCUCAGGCUGCUACUAAAUUUUCUGACUUACAAUUAACUUCAUCUGAAGUUUUUACAUGUCCUAACAAUGAUCAAUGUCGUCUUCGUGGUAUAUUGGGUUUAAUGCUGCGUAUUGCUGCUGGUGAUAGUUCACUAGUUAGUUCAAAUCCAAUCCCUGUAUCAUCAGAUGAUCUUCUAAGCUCUGUGCCUGGUGUGAGUGAAUUUUGGAAUCAUUUAUACCAAGCAUUUGAAAAAUUACAAGCGUUAAAUGAUCAGAAUGCUGUUUUGUUAUUACAACCUCUACUUGAAGUAUUUUGUUUAGCUCAUAUCCAUUUAGUAAAAGAUACUAUACUUCUUCGUCAACGUCCAACAAACAAUCGAUCCAAUCGUACUAAUUCAUGUUCUACUGGUGCAUCAAGCCUCAUUGAUAUGGUACCUUUAUUGCAUAUGUGUGUGGAGUCUCCAACUCAGUCAGAACUUGAUUCAAACAGAGCUUCAACCACUGAUCAUCUUGCUCACUUAUAUUUCGAUCUAGGUGGUCCUUUAUCUCCAAGUGGUAUCACUGCAGAAGAAGAUGAAGGAUUUACUACGGAAUGUCCAGGGACUAGUUGUACAGCUUCUUCCCAAAAUUCUUUUUCUCGAAAUCCUAUAAUUCACUUUGCAGAUAAAUAUCGUCGUGGAUUAAGUCAGGUAUUACGUCAACACGGAGCAAAUAUAGGCGAGUCUCCUUUUGCUGUAUUUUUAGCAUAUCCUAGAGUGCUUGAUUUUGAUGUCAAACGCCGUUUCUUCCGACAACAACUUCAAGCUUUGUCCAGUCGCUCAACUUCUAGCAACAGAUAUGAUGAUGAACCCAUUACAGUGUCAAGAGAACGAAUUUUUGAAGAUAGUUAUUCUAGACUUCAUAGAAGAUCUUUGAAUGAAUGGAAGCAUAAGUUUGUUAUUCGUUUCCAAAAUGAAGAAGGUCAAGAUGCUGGUGGCCCACUAAGGGAAUGGUUUUUAUUAAUGAGUCGAGAGAUAUUCAAUCCAAACUAUUGUCUUUUCCGUGUCUCUCCUGCAGAUCGAGUGACAUACACAAUUAAUCCAAGUUCAUAUAUCAACAGUAAUCAUUUAUCUUAUUUCAAAUUUGUUGGACGCUUUAUUGCUAAGGCUAUCCAUGAUAACAAAUUGUUGGAAUGUUACUUUACACGAGCAUUUUAUAAGCAUAUUUUGGGAGUACCUGUCAAAUGUUCUGAUCUAGAAAGUGAAGAUUAUGAAUUCUUCAAGGGAUUGGAAUUUCUCCUGAGUCAUAAUGUAUCAGAUUUGGGUUAUGAAUUAACCUUUAGUACUGAGAUAAAUGAAUUUGGUAAAACAGAUACUCGUGAUCUGAUUGAAAAUGGUCGUAAUGUUCCAGUUACUGAAAGUAAUAAAAAAGAGUAUGUUCGUCUAGUUUGUCAAGAACGUAUGACAGGUGCUAUUCGUCAACAGUUGGAUGCUUUCUUAAGUGGUUUCUAUGAUAUUAUUCCAAAAAGAAUGAUCAGUAUAUUUAAUGAACAAGAAUUAGAACUUCUCAUCAGUGGUUUGCCAAACAUUGAUAUCUCUGAUUUAAAGAUGAAUACAACUUAUUCAAAAUAUCAGCCUAAUUCACCACAAAUUGAAUGGUUUUGGCAAGCUCUUGAAUCAUUUGAUCAAGAAGAUUUAGCACGUUUCCUUCAGUUUGUAACGGGGACUAGUAAGGUCCCUCUGGGAGGAUUCACAAAUUUAGAAGGAAUGCAUGGUCCUACUAAAUUUCAGAUUAGUCGAGCAGCGAUUUCAAGUACUAGUCACUUACCUUCUGCACAUACUUGCUUUAACACGCUUGUAUUACCAGCAUAUGAGAAUUAUGAACAGUUAAGAUCGAGACUAUUGAUGGCUAUACGUGAAUGCAGUGAAGGCUAUGGAAUGGCUUAAUUGAAAUACACAAAACAACAACUUCAUUAUACUUGUUGUCUGUGUGUGUGUGUAUGUUUAUCAUCACUCCUCUUUCUACCUAUUAUGUGUUAUCCCACUUUUAAGCGUGAAAAGAAAAAACCGGCAGCUGCCUGGCUUUACUGUGAUGUAAUAUCAUGAUAGUGCUAUGUAUAUGGUAAAGAGAGGUGAUGUUAAUGAAUUAUUGACAGUACUAUUACGAAUUGCUCCAAUCUAUUUCAGUAUAUAUCUACAUCUCUGUUACUUCUCUUAGAUUUUUUUUGUUCACUAACUCUAUUAAAAUUCUUAUUUCGAACCACUUUUUGAUAUUACAUUAAACUAUGCUCAUUUUCAUAAAUUUACUACAGGAAGUACACAACAUCACAUUCUAUAAACUUAGUUACAACAGUAUCCUAACCAUCUGUUACACACUGUUUAAUUCCCUGUAUUCUUUCUCAUGUAAAGCUGUUGUGUGUUUGUUUUUCUAUACUUUGUUCAAUGAGUGAAUAGUUGAAGAAAUGAUUAUUUGAAACGAGAAAAAUGAAUGAUACCACACAGAAUCCUCUUCUACACACUCAUAUAAAGGUGAGUUUAUUUUCUUCUGUUUUGUUCUCUCUUCUUCUGUCUCUUUUCUAUACACAUAUAAACAUUUCUCUUUCUGAGGAUCUCCAUUUUUCUAACAUUUUUUCCAAAUGUGCGCAUUGUUUCGACUUUUUUUUUGGUUUUGAUUUUUAAAUUAACUAAGUAUUUUCGUUCAUGAAGUUGGUAAUGUGUAGUAAAUUUUUAAUGCAUCUUGUCAGAUUUCUUUUCUGAUAUCUAUAUUUCUUUCAAUUUCAGUUCAAAGUAUAAGAAUUUCCGUAUUAUAGUGAAAUCACAAAGGAGUAUUGUUGUGGUG